AUGUUGCUCAAACAAUUUCUUGGUCUCCUUCUUUUUCUAACUUCAUUUAUUGGAAUAAUUUUAAAUAUUGUAAUAUUCCAUCCAAUUUAUCAACUUUCUAGAAAUCCAAAUCAAUCUUCAAUUUACACAAUCUCAUUUUUCAUUAUUGCAAGUGAUAUUCUUCAAUUAUCAAUAACCAGUUUCUAUCUUGCUCCAUGCAUUAUUUUUGAAAAGUAUUUUUUAUCUGAAUCAAAUGAUAACAGCGAAGGUUUUCCAGUAUUCUUGUCAACCUUUUAUAUGAUUUGCUGGUAUUUUGGAAAUAUUUCACAAAUUUCAAUGGUGCUUAACAGAUUCUGUGUGAUUUGCUGCCAAAAUUAUACAAUAUUUAGUCGCAGAAAUAUCUGCAUUUUUUCUGGAAUCACUCUAGUUAUCGCAAUUUCAAAAGCAGUUUUUCUUCAAUUUUUCUCACCAUGUUGCCGGUAAGAGCACUUCAAUUCCAGAAUAAUAAAACCUGAAACUUUUGAAGGCUUGUCUUCGAUCACAUUUAUUUAUCCUAUGGCUACGUGAUAAUCGAAGGAAUUCCAAAUUAUACAGAUAUAACUGGCUUACCAUUGGAUAUUAUGACUACAAGUUUAGCCUUUAUUUGUUACACAUCGGUCAGUAAAAUUUAGGACAAUAGACUUUUUAUAAAUUCUGAACUCUUCUUUCGAAAAAAAUGUGUUUUUUCUAUGAAUUGUACCAACAUUCAUGCGUUUCAGAUAAUCUACAAAGUCCGAAAAUCAACAACAAAAAUAGCCGACUCAAUAAAAUCUGUAGAUCAAAAACAAAUACGUCGAAAAAAAGAUGUUUCAUAUGCAAUGCAAUUUUUCAUAAUCUCAAUAUUCUACACAUUUGCCUGGCUAUUUAUGCGAAUAUUCCCGAUAUUUUUCAGAGAUCAGAAUCGUGAAUGGUAUAUUUUAAUCGUAUUUUGUGUAACAUUUAAUAACUCCGCUAAUGCUAUUAUUUUUCUAAUUUUCAAUCAAGAGGUAAAAAGAGUAAAAUGCAAUUAUUCAACAAAUAUUUUUUUGAAAACAAAAUUUCAGGUUAUCAGAAAAGUCAAAAAUCGACGAUUCUACUUGUUUAAAAGUUCUACAACUUCUGAACAAUAAACACCAGAUGCACUUAUUCUAGGAAAACAUAAUUUUCGUAGACAGAAAUAGCAAUAAAAUUAUAAAUAAAAAUAAAAGCAAAAGCAAUCACUCAUUCCACACCAAAAUGUUAUUGAAAACAGGUCUUGGAUUUCUGAUUUUCCUAACUUCUUUCAUCGGAAUUAUCGCAAACAUUAUAGUUCUUCGCCCGGUUUUCACACUUGCUAAAAAUCCCAAAAAAUCAUCAAUUUAUGUCAUCUCAUUAUUCAAUAUUCUCGCAGAUAUUGCAAAUUUGAGCCUCGCCUCAUUUUAUUUAGCACCAUGUAUUAUUUUAGAAAGUUAUUUGAUUGGAGAUUGGAAUGAGGAAGGAGUUCCAAAAUUCAUGGGAUUCUUAGCACUACUAAUUUGGUAUAUAAUCAAUAUAACACAAAUCGUGAUGGCUACUAAUAGGUUAGUAUCCCACGUGGCAAAUACUGAAUCAAACAUAUUUUUCAGAUACAUCGUGAUCUGCUAUCGCAAUCAUAAAAUCUUCACACAUCGUAAUAUCUAUAUACUUUUUCUGAUAACUUUUAUAUUCUCAUCGGCUAAAGCUUACAUCGUUCAAUACUUGUUACCAUGCUGUGUGUAAGUUGGGAAUCAUUUUGAGAGUUCAAAUCAGUGAACACUUUUUAGAUUUGUGUUUGAUUACAAAAUAAUGUCAUUCAAUUAUGCCAGAAGGCCAGAUAUUCCAAACUAUAGCGAUUUGAGUGAUCUGCCAUUGAAUUUCUCGAGUACAAUUACAGCUUUCUUUUGUUAUAUAUCGGUGAGGUGAAACUGUUGAUUUCAAAAUUUUGGAAAUUUUUGGAAAAAGUUAAACCCUCUCACGAAAGAUACCCAGAAUUUCUGUAGAAAAUGUUCCAAAAACUAUUUUAAGUUUUCAAAGUAAUAGAAAGUAUAACGUAAUGAACAAUUAAAAAACUCUUACAAUUAGAGAUUUACUUAUCCAAUAGUCUUUUUUAUAUCUGUUCAGCCAAUCCAGAAAAAUAUUCAAAUAUUUUCAGAUAAUUUACAAAAUCCAUAGGUCCAACAAAGCUGUGAUUCACAUAAUGUCCUCAACUUCUCUAAAAAUGCGAAAAAAUAGAGAAUUCACCUAUGCGAUGCAAUUCACGACCAUACAAGGCGCCCGUCGAGUCAGACGCGAGACGACGAGAGUAUUUUGCAAAAAUAUCCCGAAAGUGAAUUCGGCUUCGAGAUAUUUUCAAUAAAACAUGUGUUCCUUGAAACAAAAUACGGUAUUUUUUCAAAGGGACACAUAUUUUCUCACAAAUAUCUCGAAGCGAUGUCUUUCUCUGUCCCAUUGACGUCAUCAGACUCCCGUCGUCUCUCGUCUGACCCGAGGGGCAAUUUUCUAUUGGAGUAAAUGGUCGUGAAUUCUUCUCAAUUUCAAUUUUCUAUACUUUUGCAUGGGUUUUCAUCCGGUUAUUCCCAGUUUUUCUAAAAGAUCAGAACUUGGAAUGGUAUACUCUCGUUGCAUUUUGUGUUAUUAUCAAUAGUGCGGCUAAUGCGUUCAUUUAUUUGAUUUACAAUAGAGAAGUGAGUUUUAGAAAGGUUUUAGGGUCGCUAAAAUAAACAAUUUUUCAGAUAAUCGAAAUGCUCAAACAUCGACGUGGAAGUCUCACCUAUGGAUCUUCGAUGGAAAGAAAUUCUAAUAAUUUUUGA